UGUAGUGAAGGCAGACCGUUCUGCUAGCUCCAGUAUCCAGUGUAUUUCGCGUCGUGUGCCGUUCUACAGUUUCUAAAAUUGUGUACAACAAAUUGUGCGGGUUUUUCGGUGUGAAAUAGUGAUUGAAAUCAAUUGGACUACCACUAUCUGGUGUGGGCAGUGCUAGUGUGGUGUGGUGUACCACACAGUGGUGUGUGGUGUGUGUGUGAGCAGUGCGCGUGUGCGAGUGCUGGUGUUCGGUGGUGUUCAGUGGUGUUUCAGUGUUGUUGUGUAUGAAGUCUUCCCCUGUGUAAAAGUGUCUGUUAAAUUCUCCAUCAUGGGACAGCAGCAUCUGCUGUCCUUGUCUAACAUGCUGACGGCUGUCGUCUUCUGUCUCUCUCUGGGAUGGUGCUUGGCAGCGGGCGAGGAGGACACAAUGGGUCCUAUCUUCAUAAAGGAGCCUCCGAACCGCGUCGACUUCAGCAACACGACAGGCGCUGUGGUCGAGUGCACCGCCCGGGGUCAACCCGCACCCGAGAUCAUCUGGGUGCGCGCCGACGGUACCGCUGUUGGAGAGGUGCCCGGCCUCAGGCAGGUGCAACCAAAUGGAAAUUUGGUUUUCCCGCCUUUCAGAGCCGAGGAUUACCGGCAAGAGGUGCACGCCCAGGUUUACAUCUGUCUGGCCAAGAAUUCGGUCGGGUCCAUUCAUUCCAAGGAUGUCAACGUUAGAGCAGUUGUUCUCCAGUACUACCAGACUCGAGUGAUUGACGAGUUUGUGCUACGCGGCAAUACGGGGACUCUGAAAUGUCUAGUGCCCAGCUUUGUCGCUGAUUUUGUCCAAGUCACUGAAUGGGUGUCGGACGACGGUAUCACCUACAGUACUUCUAUGUCAGACAACGCUGAUAAUUAUGUUGUGAACCAGUACUACGAGGCACAAGUCUACGAUGUGUUUGUAAUCAAAGGCAACGCUGCCGUGUUUAAAUGCAAUGUUCCAUCUUUUGUAUCCGAUCACCUUGAUAUUGUAUCAUGGGAGGAUACGCAAGGCAACAAAUUCGCCUCCACAAAUAAUUAUGACGGCAAAUACCUAGUGUUGCCUUCUGGGGAACUGCACAUUAGAGAUGUCGGACCCGAGGACGGAUACAAGUCGUAUCAGUGUCGUACCAAGCACAGGCUGACCGGAGAGACAAGACUCAGUGCCACCAAGGGACGGCUAGUCAUCACCGAGCCGGUCGGCUUGAAACCUCCAACGUUGAGUUCAGAUGCCAAAUCCACCACCUAUGAACGAACCUACGGCCAGAGUUUCGGACUGUUGUGCGGCGCGCAGGGGUUCCCACCUCCUGGAUACAAAUGGUACAAGUUCCUGGACGGCUCGUCGCGCAAACAGGCCGUCGUGAUGGAUGACCGCGUGAAGCAGGUGUCGGGCACACUCAUCAUCCGCGAGGCCAAGGUCGAGGACUCGGGCAAGUACCUGUGUGUCGUCAACAACUCUGUCGGCGGAGAGAGUGUGGAGACUGUUCUGACUGUGACUGCCCCGCUAGCAGCCGGCGUGGAACCGACGACGCAGACGGUAGACUUCGGUCGGCCGGCCAUCUUUCGCUGCAACUACGAGGGUAACCCGGUGAAGACGGUGUCCUGGUUGAAGGACGGCAAAUCCAUUGCCGGUCACGAGGAGUCGGUGCUGAGGAUUGAGUCGGUGCGCAAGGAGGACAAGGGCAUGUAUCAGUGCUUCGUCAGGAACGAACAGGAGAGCGCCCAGGCUAGCGCCGAGCUGAAGCUUGGUGGACGAUUCGAGCCUCCUCAAAUCCGACACUCGUUCAAUGAGGAGACGAUGCAACCAGGCCCCUCCGUAUUCUUGAAGUGCGUCGCCUCUGGAAAUCCAACCCCGGAAAUCACAUGGGAACUCGAUGCCAGAAAACUCUCCAAUAGUGACAGACUGCAGGUAGGCCAGUACGUGACGAUGAACGGCGACGUGGUGUCUCACCUGAACAUCUCGUCGGUGCAGACGAACGACGGCGGCCUGUACAGGUGUGUCGCCUCGUCUAAGGUGGGCUCGGCCGAGCACGCUGCUCGCCUGAACGUGUACGGACUGCCGUUCGUGCGGCCCAUUGACAAGAAGAUGAUUGUAGCCGGCGAGACGCUGUUUGUCACCUGUCCGGUUGCUGGGUAUCCGAUCGAGUCGAUUGUGUGGGAACGAGACGGCCGUCAACUACCGAUCAACAGAAAGCAGAAAGUAUUUCCGAACGGAACUCUGAUCAUUGAGAACGUGGAACGGAUGUCGGACCAGGCAACCUACACGUGUGUGGCGAAGAACUCACAGGGAUUCAGCUCAAGGGGGACUCUCGAAGUGCAAGUUUUGGUGGCGCCCGUCCUAGCCCCGUUCACGAUCGAACCAGCCACGGUUGGAGACGCCGUCCAACUAUCGUGCCUGGCGACACGUGGCGACGUGCCUAUGUCUAUGUCGUGGACGGCACAACACUUGGGCAAUACACGUGCCGGACUCGUGGGAAAUACACGUGCAAAUAACGGCCGACAUGUGGGCUACACACGUACACGCGCGAGUCUGCCGCCCGGUGUGACUCUGACAGAGCUGUCGUCACGUGCCUCGCUGCUCACCAUCGCACGUGUCGCGCCGUUCCAUCACGGCAACUACACGUGUCACGUGUGGAACCGUGCCGGCCUGGCAGAGCUCAGCAUACACCUCACCGUUAAUGUGCCUCCACGUUGGAUUCUGGAGCCGACAGAUAAGGCUUUCGCCCAGGGCAGUGAUGCAAAAAUCGAAUGCAAAGCCGAUGGAUUCCCGAAGCCGGUUGUCACAUGGAAAAAGGCUACUGGGGAUUCACCAGGCGAUUAUAAAGAUCUGAAAACAAACAACCCAGACAUUAAAAUGGACGAAGGAACAUUGUCGAUAAAUAACAUCCAAAAGACAAAUGAAGGGUACUAUUUGUGCGAAGCUGGAAACGGAAUUGGAUCUGGUUUGUCUGCUGUUAUCAUGAUCAGUGUGCAAGCUCCUCCCCAGUUUGAAAUCAAAAUCCGCAACCAGACAGCGAGACGAGGAGAGCCGACUGUUCUGCAGUGCGAGGCUAGAGGCGAGAAGCCAAUCGGAAUCCUGUGGAAUAUGAACAACAAACGACUAGACCCCAAAAGCGAUAACAGGUACACAAUCCGCGAAGAAAUCCUGCCGAACGGUGUCCUCUCCGAUCUGAGCAUCAAACGCACCGAAAGAACUGACUCAGCACUUUUCAACUGUGUGGCCACCAAUGCAUUUGGAAGCGACGAUACCAGCAUCAAUAUGAUAGUGCAAGAGGUGCCUGAAGUACCGUACGGCCUAAAAGUACUCGAUAAAUCGGGUAGAACUGUGCAAUUAUCUUGGGCAGCACCGUACGAUGGAAAUUCGCCCAUCAAACGAUUUCUGAUCGAGUAUAAGAUAUCUAAAGGAACGUGGGAAGCAGAUAUCGACCGAGUACUAGUGCCAGGUCAGCAGAAUAUAGCGGGCGUCGUCAACCUGAGACCGGCCACCACUUAUCAUCUGAGAAUUGUCGCUGAAAACGAAAUUGGCGCCUCUGACCCAUCAGACACUGUUACCAUCAUUACUGCUGAAGAAGCACCGAGUGGUCCGCCGACCGGCGUCAAAGUGGAAGCCGUCGACCAGUACACACUGAAGGUGACCUGGAAGCCACCCGAGAGGGACCACUGGAACGGCGAAAUCCAGGGUUACUAUGUCGGCUACAAACUCAGCUCCUCCGACAAACCAUUCCUGUUUGAGACGGUCGAGUUCAGCAAGGAAGAAGGAAAGGAACAUCAUUUGCAGAUUGCCAAUCUUAAGACUUACACACAGUACUCAGUGGUGGUUCAGGCGUUCAACAAGCUGGGCGCCGGUCCGAUGUCGGAUGAGGUGAGGCAGUACACCGCUGAGGGAAUACCGGAGCAGCCGCCACAGGACACUACGUGCACCACACUCACCUCGCAGACGAUAAGGGUGUCAUGGGUAUCACCACCCCUAACAGCUGCCAACGGUGUCAUCAAGGGAUACAAAGUGGUGUAUGGGCCUAGCGACAGCUGGUAUGAUGAAAACAAGAAAGAUACAAAGAUUACUGCGUCGAGUGAAACCAUCCUACACGGUCUGAGGAAGUUUACCAACUAUAGCAUGCAAGUGCUCGCCUACACAUCGGGAGGAGACGGAGUCAAGAGCGGAGCUAUCCACUGUCAGACUGAGCAAGAUGUUCCUGAAGCCCCAGCAGCAGUGAAAGCCUUAGUGAUGUCGGCUGAAUCGAUUCUGGUGAGCUGGAAGCCACCCACACAACCCAACGGACUUGUCAUUCAAUACACCGUCUAUGUCAGAGAGGACAACGAGGAAGCUAAAAACGAAGAACCGAAGAGUCAGAAAGUGCCAGCGUUCCAGAUGAGCUACGAAGCGUCCGGUCUCAAGAAGAAAACAAGAUACGAGUUUUGGGUGACUGCUUCCACUAACAUGGGAGAAGGACAACCAUCAAAGUCUGUUUCCAUAUCUCCAAGCACCAGAGUUCCGGCGAAGAUAGCCUCGUUCGACGACCAGUUCACAGCCACCUACAAGGAGGACAUGAAGCUGCCGUGCCUGGCCGUGGGCGUCCCGGCGCCCGAGGUCACCUGGAAGGUCAAAGGAGUGGUGUUCGAACCCAAGGACCGCAUGCGUCAGCUUCCCGAAGGCAGUCUGCUGAUUAAGACGGUGACAAGGGCUGAUGCCGGCGAGUAUUCAUGCGCCGUUGAGAACUCGUUUGGCCGCGAUUCGGUCACGCACAAGUUGGUCGUGCUCGCUCCACCACACAAGCCGCAAGUAACCCUGACCGCCACCACCACGAAUAGCAUCACAAUGAAACUGAAGCCGCAUGCUCAGGACAACGAGCCGAUUCACGGCUACACGGUGCGCUACAAGCCGGAGUUCGGUGACUGGGAAACUGUGCAGGUGGCCGCUACUGUCCAGAAGUACACCCUCGAAGGUCUCUGGUGCGGGUCCAGGUAUCUCAUCAGUGUCACCGCUUACAACAGCAUUGGAACAGGAGACGAGUCUGACAUGCUGAACACUCGGACAAAGGGCUCGAAGCCGAUCAUUCCCGAGGCCAACCGAUUCAUCGAGGUCUCCACCAACUCCAUCACUCUGCAUCUCAGCGCCUGGUCCGACGGAGGUUGUCCUAUGCUCUACUUUGUCGUUGAACACAAGAAGAAGUCUCAGAUCGACUGGAACCAAGUGUCGAACAACGUGAAGCCUGGUGGCAACUUUGUAGUGCUUGAUCUGGACCCAGCCACCUGGUAUCAUCUGCGAGUCACCGCCCACAACAAUGCUGGCUUUGCCGUUGCCGAAUACGAGUUUGCCACCCUCACCAUUACUGGAGGAACUAUUGCCCCGCCUACUAGAAACGGCGACCUGCCCACUAUGCACCAGUUCUUUCCGUGGAUUCCGUACUGGGUCGACUUGAACCUGAUCGUUCCAGUGGCGGCAACUGUGGUUGUGAUUUUGGUUGGUAUCAUUGUCAUCUGUGUGGCGCUGGCUAGGCGAGGUCGGGGACCUGAACAGACCAGGCUCAGAGAUGACAUCGUUUACAACCAAUCAAUGGUGGGAAGCAACACGAUUGACAAGCGUCGUCCGGAUUUGCGGGAUGAGCUGGGCUAUAUUGCCCCGCCCAACCGGAAGCUGCCCCCAGUGCCCGGAUCCAACUACAACACUUGCGACCGGAUUAAGCGAGGUACAGCAAUAAAGCGAUGUGCGGUGUGUAUGUAUCCACCCUGUAUCGGCGUGCAUCAUGAUCAUAUAGGUCGCGGAGGCGGCUCUUACCGCGGGGGCGGUCACACCACGUGGGAUCCCCGCCACCGGCACAUGUACGAGGAGCUGAAUGGAGGCGGCACUGCCCCCAGGGGUCGGUUGCCACCGCCUCCCUGUCAUGGCGGCAGUGAUGAGACUAUGUACCAUCGAUCAGGUAUGGAGGAUGAGAUCUGCCCCUAUGCCACAUUCCACCUGCUGGGCUUCCGCGAGGAGAUGGAUCCCUCCAAGGCUGUUCAGUUCCAGACGUUCCCGCACCAGAACGGACAUAGCGGCACCCUCGGACCCAACGGAAUGCCACCAGCCAACGGACAUGUGCAUCAUCGCAGUGGAUCCCAGUCUAUGCCUCGUGCCAAUGGUCGGUACUCGCGAGUAGGCGGCGGACCCGGCUCCACAUUCUCGCCCGAGUAUGACGACCCGGCCAACAUUGGGCCAGAGGAGGAUCCCUACGGCAGUCAGUACUCGCCCUACGGCGCGCCCUACGAUCACUAUGGCAGUCGCAACUCGGUCAGCCGGCGCAGUGUCGGAUCAGCCCGCAACCUGCCAGUGUCGAGUAGUCCGGAACCACCCCCACCACCUCCCCGCAACCACGACCCCAACAGCAGCGGCUCGGCCAACGACUCCAAGGAGAGCAACGAGAUAUCCGAGGCAGAGUGCGACCGCGACCAACUCGUCAACCGCAACUAUGGAGUCAAUGUGAGGAAUAACUCCAAGGAUGGUAUGUCCACCGAGGAAAUGAGGAAACUUAUUGAGAGGAAGCCAAACGAAGCAGGGCAACAACACCUCCAAAACGGAGGCCUCGGGCUCACAACCUACGAUACUGUGGCAGUGUAAUCUCUAGUCUGCUAAUCCUGUGCCAUAAUUCCAUAAAUCAUGGAAUUAAUUCCAUAAGAAACAACAUCCAUCAUCAGCUGUCGUCAUCAACUAACCCUGCAUUCAACCUGUCUGCGCUCUGCAAUUCAAUUUGAUUGAUUUCAUUCCGAUGCGAACAACUUAUUAAUCAUCACUGGUAUGCGCUCCGCAGUCCAAUUCAAUUGGUUUCAUUCCACUGCGAGCAACUUUCUAAUCACCCUGAGGUAAUCAGCUUGUCUGCGCUCUAAAACUCAAUCUAAUGGGUUUCAUUUUCUUGGAGCAACUUUCAAAUCACGCAUAGAUGUUACCCUGAAUUCUACAUGUCGGUGCUCCACCGUUGAAUUUAAUAGGUUUCAUUAUGCUCCAAACAACUUUUCAAUUCAACAAGUUGCUCGUUGUCAACUUGGUCACAUUUUAGCCAUUGAAUGGCAAUUUUUUAGUAUUAGACAUCAGUUGCUCGAUUAGUUGAGCAACUUGAUUAUACAGUCAGUCAUUAAUUUUUAUUCAAUUUGUGCCACAAGAUAAUCUUUCUUCUUAGAAGAAAUAAAUUGCAAGUUUUGAUCAAAUUACUUUGUACGACACGGAUAUGUGUCAUAUAAUAAUCUCUGACUGAGCUAGGAUUGGUGAUAUUUAUAUUUUGUAGAAUUACGACAUUCUACAUCUUUUUUAUUCGUGUACUAUAAUUUUCAUUUUGAAUUUGAUCAAGAGUUCUGAAGAAAGCUUUAUAAAUUCAUGAACUUAAUACUUUUAAGUUGAUUCGAAAAGAAUAUUUAAUUCUCUUCCAUCAUAUUAGUUGGCAAUUUUUUUCUCAAAACAGGAAAAAUUGUUGUUUUUAUGGAUAAGUUUAAAUUUGAAGGAUUUGUUAACAAGUGAACAAAUCACUAUGUACUAAUUAUAAUUACCACUCCAGGUGUCUAAAUUAUCUACGAUUUAUAAUUAUCUAUCAAGCCAAUGCUCUAUCAAGCGAGGUCCAAUCCAAUCAUCUCAUAAGUUUUCUUCAUGAGGAACUAUCAUUUUUGUAUCGCAUUUCAACAUUUUUUUUAUAUAAUUCGUUACCAAGUAUCCAUUCUGGCAUGUUCCUUAUACCUGAAUGAUGCAGACUGUACUACUUAUUCGAGAAGAUGUUUAAGAAGAAAUUGGAGGAAAUUUAAUUUUAACUUUGCGACUUCUGAAUAGAUGUAUAAUUAUAUCUAUAGAUAAAUACACAGACACAUCUAUCUAAGCAGUAGGUUAAUCAGGAUGAUAUAUAUGCUAUUAAUUGUGUUGAAUCCAUCUAUUGGCUGAAAAAAUGCUUGAAAUUACUAUCCAAAACAUAAAUUUAUUCAGUAUAUUAGAGUUGUUGAUCUGAUGAAAAAUCAAACUUAGACGGCACACAUACUAAAACAACAACUUUUAUAAAAUUAAUAUGAAAUUAUUUGUAAACUCAAAAUAUUACUACUACAUUACUAGUAAUUGUGUAACUCUUUAAUUCGAAAAGUUAUUUCAAUAGCAUAUUAUUAUAAUUAGGAUUAUAAUAGUGGUACAGUUUAAUAAAUUCACUAAGCAAACCUGCUUCAUUCAGUCUUAUCGUAACAGUUGACUAAUAAAUAUUAUUAAAUGUAGCUCUCAUACCAACAUCAGUCUUUUGACUACAAUAUAUACAUUAUAUAUGAAAUUUUAUACAUAGGUAAUGUACACAUAACGUAUAUUAUUAUAAACUUAUUUGAUGUUUGAAUAACAGAUGUAUUAUCGGAUAUUAUCUGGUAUAAAUUAUGAUUAUAUUAUUCAGAUAAUUAAUCUAACCUCUUCUAUAAACUUCAUCCAUUAAUGAUCGUAAAUCAAUAUUCGUUUUUGAAUGUAUUUCUGAAACUGGAUCUUUGCUUUAGUUUGAUUUUAACUUUGCUGUAAAUAUUGUAUUAUCAUAGACUGUAUUAGUACCUGUAUGAGGGUACAAGCUAUUCAUUAUCGUAGUUUUGGUGGGAAAAUCUAUUGAUAUGUUUGAUAACGUACGAUGAUAUGAACAAAAUUUAGUAAAGUUUAAAAUCGUUGACGUUAUUGAUGUACUGAUUAUGUUUCUUCCAAAUUGAACGUUCCGGUUUUGUGACUAUUGAUAUUAAAUAUUCAGAAAUAAAUAAAUUCGAGACAUCGUUGAGAGCGGAUGUUGAGCCGUUGGGCGCGAACAAUCCCCCCACAAAAAUAUCCAAGGAUUGAUAUGGGGCCGGUCUUCCAACGAUGUUCUCUAGUAAUUUUAAUAACACUAUUAUAACGAUAACCUCUAAAUAUCGAUAAGCUCAACUGUUUAAUUACUAUGAUAUAUUAUUAUAAAUAUAAAAUGAAUAUAAAGAUGUGAUAUUUUCUUUCUUUCAUGUGUAUAUUGACGUAAUUUUAAUUAUUAAUCGAUGACUUUGAAUGCUGUUUGGUUUAGUAAUGAUAGUCUUAUACCAUUAUUGUAUGAUGUAAGGAGGAAAGGGGUCAUUAACUAAUUCAUUAAUUGGUUAACUAGUUAACUGAUUAAUUAGUUGAAAGCACAGCGAGGGCACAAAACUACUGUGUUGGAUUUCAUUAUAGAUAUUCAAAUUGUUUGUCUUUUAUAUGUGUCAUAGUAUCAUCGUUUUUAUCUAUUUAGAUUAAUAAUGGAUAAAUGUAUAACCAUUAUUCGACUUCAUACAUUAUCUAUUAGCGUUUUAACACACAUUGACUGUAUCAAAAAUCUAUUAAAUCUACUACAAACUUAUAUAAAUAAUCUAUGGAUGUGUCCUCUACUCUGUGUUGUUUUCCCUCUUGCAAAAAAAAUACAUUUGUACAUUUAUUUAUAUAUUAUUAUUUUCAAGUAAAGAUGACCGUAUCUUUAGGUUUAGUAGUAUAAUUUUACUACCUAUUUUAUUGCUGUACUAUAUUAUUGUAAUGUUUAGGAUAUUAUAAUAUGUAAUGAUAUUUGGAUUUUAAAUAAGUCUUCGUAACCAUCGAACAUGAAUAAUUUUUCUACUAGAUUUUGAAAGUUUCUUGUCAUUUUAAUACCACAAAAUACAUGUGCUUUUCGUCCAGUAAUUUUCUGCUAUAUAUUCAUCUAUGUAUAGCAUGUGAUUCUGUCGUUUUAAAAUUAUAUCCAUUGUUUUCCAAACAAUUAGAAAACAUUGAUUUUUAUAGAUAUUCGCUUGAUAAAUGUUAAUUAUUUUUGUAAUAUGUGGUUAUAUUAUGUGGAAUCUCGCCCACGAGUUGUGAAAAUUGAUUUUAUUUACUUUUGC